AUGGACUUGAGGCUGGAAGGCAACUACAUUAGCGCUUCUAUUUCUGAGUAUGGAUAUACUGCUGCAGGUGAAAAUACAGGAACCCCAGCAGAUCUGAUUCAGGAUGAUACAAAUGAUGCCAACAAAUCCACAAGGGAAGGAAAUACUGCUGCGUAUGAUGAUCAUUUGACCCCAGCAGAGAGACGCUAUAUGGAGCAAAAGGAGAAUAUUGAUGCUCAUAGGCUAGCCAAGACUGCUAAUAAAUCACAUCGUGAUAGGAUCCAGGAUUUCAACCAGUAUUUGGCAAAUAUGAGCGAGCACUAUGACAUUCCCAAAGUUGGCCCUGGCUGA